CUCCGAUCAGAGAUAUCGGGUAAGUGGGGGGUUUUCCAAGGUGCGAGAUAUUCUUCCAACCUCACGGGAUGACCUUCCCGUGGGAAGCUGGUGGGGAUGCUGGGAGGUCCCUCUCUGGACCACAGACACGUGCCACUUGUCAUACUUUCGGAAGUACUUGCUUUUGGACGGUUCCGAAGGGAGAUUAGUACGAGAUCAGGUGUGAUCGAUCAAGGAAGAAACGCGUGUCAAGCCGUUUCCUGCGAUUAUAGCUGACUCUCGCAAACAUUCCUUGCUUGUAACAAAUAUUUCGCCGAUUAAAAAAAUAUAAUCGUUCGAUCUCAAUAUAUCUGGUGGCAAAUAAUGAUAUGGCAGAUUGAAUCAAGCCAAAAACUAAAUAAUUUACGUUAAUAACAGUGGAUUCAAAGAAGAAUCGUGAAAAAAAUUAUCGGAUUACUUCGGUCGUCGUCAAAUGUAAAGUGCGCGAAUUUAAAUCAUUAUUCAAACGUAUGCCGUCGUCCGAGUGAGAGUCAGAAUCGUCGAUUGUAGUCGAGAUCGAUGAUUUUUCACAAGAUGGAACUCUAUCAAAACCGCGAGAAAAUGAACGAUGCCGUUUAUGAUCUUCGCCGGACACGAUCGCUCCCGAGUGAGAACGAAGCCUUUUCGAACAACAUCGAGAGAGGCUGCAUAUCGCCGACCGUCAAUCGAGAGUCCAUCGAGUACGCGUCCGAUUCCAGUUGCGAGGGUUACAGGGAGUUUCAUAAACAGCAGAUCGAGAGAAGAAAUUCAUCCCCGAUCGCGGCGUCCAGUGCUUUCACUAUCGACAGUAUCCUCGGGAGAAAUGAGAAGAGAGAAAUCUCUAGAAUAAACAAUUCCGGCGAUAAAGAGGAGGAUCAAGACGACACGGAUGACAGGAUAGAGGGACACUUCGUUAAGCCGACAGCGAUACCAGCCACACGUUCCGAUAUAGAAGGAAGCUUGUAUACUCAUGCGGGAUUGCCGUACUCUGAAGGUGCACUAUCCGAUCCCUCGGCAUAUUCUGCAACAUCACUCGCAUCAGCCUCAUUACUGUACAGUAGCUGGUUUGCUCAAACAAAGCCUGGACAGCUGUUUGGUUUACAAGCGCCCAAACCGAGCGGCAGGAGGUCGAGGAAACCGGGUAUCGAUCGGAAACCGCGUCAAGCUUACAGUGCAAAACAACUGGAGAGACUCGAGGCGGAGUUUAAGAUCGACAAGUAUCUCAGCGUGAGCAAGCGGAUGGAGCUGUCCAAGUGUUUGAAUUUGACCGAGGUGCAGAUCAAGACCUGGUUCCAGAACCGUCGCACGAAGUGGAAGAAGCAGCUGACGUCCAGGCUGAAGAUCGCGCAACGGCAGGGACUAUUCCCACCGACUUACUUCCCAACCACCCAGUAUCCACUUCUACCAUACUACGCGGCGCCUUUGAUGUUCGGCACCCCUUUGUCGGACGACGGGAGUUCUAGCUUGCCGACCCGGCCCGCCGUAUCGUCUUCAGAUACGGUCUGACGCAGUGCAGACUCGAACUACUUGGUCGAUCGUCGGCCGGGCGAUCGCGAAGUGCAAUAAGACCUUCCGUUGGCCACUGCAAAGUCCUCGGUGUGCUGCUUUUUUUUUCUUCUUUUUACGUUAUCUACGGAUAUUCUUACUCAAAAUUUAGAUAUCGAUAUAAUUGUAAGAAAUCUAUGUCGUAAGAGUAUGCCAAUUGUAAAGCUAUACUAAUUCUUUCAAUUAAGCCGUAAUCACACUAGCGAUUGAGAUUGAGAUUUAUACUUUAUGACGCUUAUUUAAGCUUUAUGACGCGUCUUUGAGGUCUCGCGAUUAUUAUUGAGACUUUGUUGUACAUAAAACCGGAUGAUUGUACAUUAUAUUUACGUUGCAAAUGUUUCGUGCAAAUAGAAUACGUUCUGAAUUUAUUAGUGACUUUCUAGCGAUAGCGAAGUAAGAUUGUAUUCGAGUAACUAACACAUAGACAAUUUUCUCAAAUUAACAAUUGCUUUCAAGACCGAUUAUUUUUGUUGUAUAUAAAGUGCGACAGUUGUAGAUUUAUGUAACACCUAUGGGGAUCGUAUGAAAAAUAGAUGACUGGAUUUACUCGUAA